AAAAGUUUUGAAAUUGAACAAAAGCAUGUACUUCUUCCAAAACCUUGCCUAGAACGACGAGUCGUAACGCUUGCGAAGCUUGUGCUUCUCGUUCUUGAAAAAUCCGGCGAGAGGAGAAAAUGUUGAGAAUUCGAUUGUUUUGGUUCAGUAUUGGAUUCGCGGCCACAUCUGCUUCCAUUUCGCAUUUCGUCUGGAGAGAUCUACUGGCCCAUCGAUGUGCUCUUUCAUCUGAUAUGGAGCGGAAUUUUGAAGCCCUGGAAGCUAGAAUCUCGAACCUCGAGUCCGUUCGACACCGGAAUUCGAUUCCAUCUGCUGAGCAUUCCCUCUUUCCACAUAGCAGGCCAAUGACUGAAUGACUGAUUCGUGGUGGAGCUCAUUAUUUAGUUUAGCACAGGAGGAAACAAUCACAUGAGGUGUCUUGUAGGUCAAGUUUUGUACCCAUAGUUAUGCAGGAUGAACCCCAUGUAAAAGGUGUAACUCCUUUUUUUUUUUCCCCCAAAUAAAAAUGGAGUAUUUUGUAUAAAACGUGAGCUUCAUUUUUUACACAAUUAUCCUACUUGAAUCAUUUGAAACAAUCCAUUGUUUCUGUCAGAUGGGGGAGGCCUAGCAAGUUUCUCACUGUUGAGUUGAAUUUAAUGUCGUUGGUGUCAUUAUUGAUUCUCAAAUUGGAUGUAUGUUUUACCAUUUAAAAAAAUUCGUUGACUCGGCACCGUUAAA